AUGAUCGGCAGGGCGCUGCCCACGGCGCCUGGGCAGAAGGUCGAUUUCAACGCGCUCAAGGCGCCCUCCAACUAUGUGCCCGGGCUGGGGCGUGGAGCCACGGGCUUCACCACCCGAUCAGAUAUCGGUCCUGCUCGUGGAGGUCCCACACCCGGCGACGGCGGAGGGGACAAGGAUGGUGGCGACGACGAGCAGAAGUUUGACGCGUUCAUGGGGGCGGACGCGGGCGUGUUUGCCGGGGGCGAGUACGACGAGGACGACCGGGAGGCUGACAGGAUCUGGGAGGGCAUUGAUGACCACAUGGACGAGAGGAGGAGGCGGCGCGUCCCCUGGCGCGGCCCUCCCCCGCUGCCCCCGCCCCCCGGGGCGGACGCCGGCGGCGGGGGCCAUGACAGCGCGCAGGGGGCCGCGCGCUGCCCGGCGCCGCGGGACGAGCGGGCGGCGGGGCCUGCUGUCAUGGCGGGCCCCCCUGCCACACGUGUGGACUUGAAAGCGGAUCUGAGGGCGUCGCGCGGCUCUGAGAAGCGUGAGGCACUGAUGAAGGAGCGCAUUGAGAAGUACCGCGCGGAGAACCCCAAAAUCACGGAGCAGUUUGCGGAUUUGAAACGACAGCUGGCGGAGGUGCGCCCGGCGCGAUGGCGGGAGUGA